AUGGUGGAUAUGACAAAGCGAGAGCGCACAGGAUCUCUUGAUCGAGAUGAGAACGCUUCCACACCCACUUCUGUAUCUUCCGAAUCGGUUCAAAACAUGUCGGAUAUUAGAGAGCACCGCCCCACCGUGAGUGGGGGUGCGCCUAGCUCUCAGGAGCUUGACGUGAGCGAUAUCAACUUAUCCGUGGACUUGAUGGAUCAGGAUGAGAACUCAGGCCUCGAGAGGGAGUUGGAGCACCUCGGCGUGGACGAUGACUUGAAGGCAUCAAUACGCACGAUGACGCCGAAUACGCAGCGGGAGAUUAUCAACGAUAUUGUGCGCACCCGCCAGGUCCCCCCGCUAAUCUUGGGAGGGGCCCAGAUGGAGAGCCCCUUCGAGCCGACGCCGCCGCGGGAUUCACAGGGCCCUGGGAGCGUGCGCAUGGACUUCACCACCGGCGUCCUGCGCAACGCGAUUGAGAUGUACGACCUGAUCGGUCCCAUCCUCACGAGGUUCGACGGCGCGAACGCGGAGGAGGGGGAGGAGGCACCGCCCUCGGGCUCCGGCUUCGUGUGGGAUAGCCGCCAGAUGUCGAUGCUGUUAUCCCGGAUGCCGAUCUUCCAGGAGGUGCAGCAGCUGCUGACGAUGCAGCACAUGGGCCUGGAUCGGGAUAUCGACGACAUGAGCUAUGAGGAGCUGCUUGCCCUUGAGGAGCGCAUCGGUAACGUCAGUAAGGGUGUGAGCUCGGAUAAGGAGAUGAUCUCGUGCAUGCGGCGACUGUCAAGACCGCCCACCGAGGGGAGCUGCGUGAUCUGCUUGGAUGCUUUUAAGGGUGAGGAGCCGGAGGAGCCUGCCCCUUCAGACGGGGGCCACAGCCGAGAGGAUGGCGCAUCGGAGAGGAAGAACGACGGCGGCGCCUCACCGGUGGUGCCACGCCCGUGUGUUUGCAUGAAAAAUUGUGGGCAUAUUUUUCAUCUAAAUUGCAUUAAGCAGUGGCUUCAAAUGGACAAGCGAUGCCCAGUGUGCAAUCAAGAGGUUAUUAUUGCCUCAUCUGAGUCUUGA